GCGCGCAAUUUAAGCUAAAUUUCUUAGAUUUUCUGUUGUCAAGUAGGCGGAGGAAAAUGUUUGAUCAAUAAACACAUUUCCAAAACAAAAUAGAUUUAAAGAAAUUGUAAAAAUGGAACAAAAACGAAAGAGUCUUUUAGAAAAAUACAAUAUACCAUUGUCUCACCUGGACUUUGGAUAUGUGAAGAAUUGCGGAAAUGCUCGCGAAAUGGAAAAAAUUGUUAAUAUUCUGCGUUCCGGCGAGGAAGGCUUUUAUCCGGAUCUAACUCGCUGUGCCGAGGAUAAGUUAAAGGAAUUGAAGCCAAACAGCCAAUUAUUUCGCUACGAAGAGCCAAUACAAAGAAGCGAAUUCCUCGACAGAAAAGAAUUGAAGCCCAUUUAUGAUUGGACCCAUGACAUCAAAUCAAAGGAUAGUACUCUAAAUGAAAUGAAAGAGGAUAUUCGUACCUUAAAAGCGAAUCUUCCUCCCAUGCGGACACCAAGCAAAAUAGACACAGACAAAUCAGCUACAGAUGCGGAUACGGCAAAACCGAUGCCGAACCCGUCCGUGCCAACAGCGAAAGCUACGAAAUCAUCUGAAAAUCGUAUUAAAUCCACCGACUAUAAUAAAUGGGACAAAUACGAUCCUGAUGUAGAGAUAUUACGUAUGGAUUUGGAUGAAGAACGAGCCAAGGAAGAAGCAGAGCAAAAAAACGCAAAGAACGUGGCUCCGCCCAAGAAGGCGGUCGACAAGACUGAUGAAAACGAACGCCUUAAGGAACGGCUUAUGUCUCGGCUCGAGCAACUCAGCAAGCUGGAGCGGGAUCAUUUAGCAGAAAAGCAUCGAUUGCGCGGUAAUGAAUACUUUAAGAGCAAGGAGUACAAAAGUGCCAUAUUGGAAUACAGCCAGGCUAUAAUCUAUGAUCCAGAGAAUGCCAGCCGCUCCUACAACAAUCGAGCCAUAUCACAUUUAAAAGUCAAGAAUUAUCUGGCAGCUAUUUCGGACUGUGAAGCUUGCCUAGAGAUUGAACCGGAUAAUAUAAAGGCUCUGCUUCGUCUAGCCGAUGCCAACUAUGGUCAAGGAAGACGUCGAGAGUCGCACGAUGUAUAUCAGCGAGUGCUGCAGUUGGAUCCUAGCAAUGCCUGUGCCUUGAAAUCUCUGGAAGAACUGCACAAGCAACUAGGAGAAAUAGCCCCAGCCAAUGCCACACGUUUGGUCAUUGAGGAACUUCCUCCAGAGGUGAAGCCAAAGCCCAAAGCGAACCCCAAGGCAAGUCCAAAAGUGGUGGAGCCAAAAGCUACUAAACCAACCAAAGACUAUGAUCUAGCUGAGUUGGUGAAACCAAAUCGCAUGGUGAAAAAUAAAAUCCUUAAUGCCUCUGAUGCUCUUGUUGGCAAAGAAUCAAUCAAACAAAAACAAGGUCCAAUCCAGGAACUCACCGAUGCAGACUCUUCUCCAUCCAUGCUCCGCAUGCCUCUGGCCAAUAAGCGUAUUGAUAACAACAAAAUUCUCAUCGAAGAGCUUUAAUGAAGUAAAAUGGAAUAUAAUUGAAAUGAAAUGAAUAAACUCGCAUUAUUUGGUUCA